AGGCCCCACCCCCUCGCUGGCGGCCCCUCCUCAGGUGAGGGCGGCCCAGCUCCGCGCCCAGGUCGGAGCCCGGAAGCCCCGAGGUGUUGGCGGCGGCGGCGGCGCCACGGCCAUGGCGGGUGCGGGGUUGCGGCGGCUGCCGCUGCCCCUGCGGCUCCUGCUCCUUCUCGUCCUCCCCGUCCCGCCGGCGGACGCGGCGCUGCGGCUGCUGCUCGGCGCCGCGCCGCCCUUCACCUGCUCCCAGCCGGAUUUAAACUGCCUCGUAAGAAACAGUACCUGCAUGGAGACAAGUUGGCUGCGAGUUUCAAUGUGGACGCCUUCUGCUCCAAGUAGUCUUCAUGUCUCUUCUGAUGUUUUCCAUCAGAUGGAUGGAAAAUUGUUCCCUGUGCUUCGGAUAGAAUGGAAAGUGGCUACUGAUGCUAGCAUCCAGUAUCUCCGGGGGGCAGAGCUGGCAGUGAUGCAGGUGAACAGCAAUCAACAAAUCUGCGCUCAGUUUGAUUUUCAGAACAACUUGCCACUUCAGGUCCGUCCAGAUGGAGGCCGGUGGAACUUCAGUUUUGACCGCUUUGAGGUGGAACCUGGCCAGACUUACCAAGUGACGGUCUACCACCUGCCCAAACUGGGUACAGAUGGAGACUACAACUGCAAGUCCAUGCCUUACACGAUGCCUGACUGCAAGGACUCUCUGAUGAAAAGAACUGUUCCCUGUAUAAAGACAGGCAGCCUGUGGGAGCCCAGGAUCCAAGGUAGAAGUCUAGAUGAUGUGACUGUGCUCGUGAGCUUUAACCCAUGGACGGAGUCUGCCCGAUAUCAAAUCCAUGUGGCCAGUUUCCUGAAUGAGAAGAAAUGUAAAAUGGUCACGCAUGAUUUCACUGAGGAUGGACUGCAGCAGCAAGUAAAUGUUACAGUCAAAAUAGAGAAGAACAUAAGAGCUUGUUGCAGCUACAAAAUUCAGAUUCAGCCGUUCUUUGUGAACUGUGGCACAGACUGUCUGAGACAUUCUGCUUUCAUCCCAUGUUCAUCGACUCCAAGUGCAGACACAUCAGGUGAUAUGAUUAUAUGGUUAUACUGGUGUAUCACUGGGAUCUGUGUGUUACUGGUGGGAUCAGUCAUAGCAGCUGUCAUUUGUAUGACCAAAAAACGAGCAGGACGCCAGCAAGGGAAAAGCAACCACAGUGACUUGCAAACUGAGGUACUAUCUCCAGACCUCCCUCUGCCACCCUUGAAGCCUCGAAAGGUGUGGAUUGUGUACUCUGCUGAUCACCUGCUCUACGUGGAUGUGGUGCUGAAGUUUGCUGAGUUUCUGAUGACUGUCUGUGGCACUGCUGUGGCCUUAGAUCUGCUGGAAGAUCAUCAGAUCUCGGAGCUUGGGGCACUACCCUGGCUUACUCGACAAAAGAAGGAGAUGGAAGACCUCUCUUCAAAAAUCAUCAUCUUAUGUUCGCGGGGCACCCAGGCCAAAUGGCAGGCCAUGCUUGGGAGUGAGCCUGUGUGUCUCAAGCAAGAUCAGCAAAAGCCAACUGGAGACCUGUUCACUGCAGCCUUGAAUUUGAUCCUGCCUGAUUUCAAGAAGCCAGCCUGUUUUGGGAUGUAUAUAGUCUGCUAUUUUGAAGGGAUAAGUAGUGAGGAGGAUGUUCCUGAUGUAUUCAAUGUCACUUACAGAUACCAACUGAUGGACAAGUUUGAGGAUAUUUAUUUUCGGAUUCAGGACCUGGAGAAGUUUGAACCAGGGCGUAUACAUCGAUUCCAGGAAAUCACAGCUGAAAAUUACGUUGAUACCCCUAGUGGAUGGAAGUUGAAAGAGGCAGUGCAAAAGUUCAAGGAGUGGCAGAUGGAGCAUCCAGACUGGUUUGAGACUGAAACUGUCUGCCUGGAGAAUGAUGAGGAGCUGCAGUCCCUGAACAGAGACAGUCAGGUAGAUGCAUUGCUCAGUGAGCGGGGUGGAAUUGUGAAACAUCAGCUGCACCUACGGGAGCCUGAUCCUAAUUGCUGUUAUGUCAUCAACCUCCACAUGCAUGAAGGUGAAGGCAGAGGCUGCAAACUGCAGCCUCAGCUGAAUCUGUGUGGGAAUGCGACUUCUCAGACUAUGGUCAUUCCUAUGGAUGAGGCCUCUCUAGUUCAGGUAGUGGAGCUAGUCUCUCCUAUGGAAGAUAAAAAUGUACUUGGUCAUCAUGUGCUGACUAAUGAGGACUGCAUAGAAGGAGUCCCUCUUCUGGAGACAAGUUUUCCACUGAGGAAUAACAUCAUCCUCCAUGAUGACUGUGAAGCUUCUGCAAUAGAUGAUAGUUCUGCAAACCUCUCAGGUGAACUGAGACACCAGCUGAAUGGACUCAUGUACUCUCUUUAUCAGCAGAGUGUCAUGCCUUCAGAGCCAUCUUUCUGCCAAGAGGAAGCUGACAGGCCACACCAGUUGGUCUUAGAUGACCAAUGCAAAGAGCAAAGACAAUCAGUGCAGUCAGACCAAGGCUACAUCUCUAGAUGUUCUCCUUUGCCUCCUGAUGACCUUGUGGAGGAGGAAGAGGAGGAGGAAGAGGAGGAGGAUCCAGAGAAACAGAUGCUCUUUCAUGAACUCUCUCCAGAGGUCUUGAAUAGCCUAAAGAGCCUCCAGCAGCAGUUGUUUUUCCAGGACAUUCAACGGAGCUGUGGCUGGGGGUAUCCAGCUGAGGUGAUGGACAUGAGCCAGUCUUUGGAGGACUCUUAGGCUCCAUCUGGGACAUGCUCCAUUUGCAAUAUGGGGAUGGAAAGUGGUACCCUGCACAGCUCUGAAACUGCAUUUCAAACACCAUCCUUGUCCUGGUAUUGCAAACAACUUACUGGUGGGAGCUUCCUGUCUACUGUCAAGAGACAGGGUUGCCCACCAGAUGAGUAAUGUCCUUGUUUGCAACCUCUGUAUGGAAGGAGGCAACAAGGAUAUUAGUCGCUGCUAUGAAAAAGCGGGUAGUAAUUCUGUUCUGCUGGGAAAUGUAUUACAUUGGACCUUCACUGAUUGUGGAAAAAUCACUGAGGUUCAUGCAGCUGUGCCUUCAGAUUUCCCACCAACCACCCUUGAUUUAUCACACUGGACAGAAGUCAAGGCCAGAAUUCAGAACAGAUUUAGAUAGCAUAGCAAACUUUACUUUGCCAGUUUAAUGUGUCUUUUAAAUAUUUUCCUGUAAAUACGGUGUUAAAGAUGUGUGCCUUAAACGUCAGCUAGGUUAGGGCUCUCCCUGCCUCAACGAUUUCUCAUUUUGCCAUUUGUUCUUUGAUACAUCUGGAUUUCUGUGGCCAUUCAGAAAUCCAGUGGAGUACCAGAGCAGUAAACAAGAUAAACUUUUAAAUUAGGAGGCUGCUUUGUCUCCUUAACUCUCCAUACUCCUUGUGGGAGUUUGGUGCUUGAAACCAGCAGUAGGGGGGAAAGGGGGGUUGGGGGGAAGGUUUGCUGGACAGAAAAUGGGAUAUGGCUUUAUUGUGCAGUUAAAGAAGAAUCUGGGGCUGAAUACAGAGUUGCUGAAUCAGGGGAGUUUCGCAAAUUCUGUAGCUCAUCGCUGUGAUGCUGUUUGCUUUUGGACAUGUUAGUACCCGGAAGACUUACAGAUGUAAAUAGUGGCACACAGUUAAGGAAAUGAAAGGCUACUGGGGGAGGGAAGGGGGUGGAGUGUAGCUCGAACAGAUGCUAACUGUUGUGAAAUAUUUGCUAGUAAUAAACUGAGGGAUUAAUCUUCCAGGAGCAGUGAUGGAAACUACCAGUUCCAAUGUUUUAAAAAAUUGGACUUGACACACUAGAAAGAAUAGUUCCCCUUAAGUGAUCACAUGUUGGCCCCUGUAGCAUUGCCAGUCUAGUCAAAGCUGGCAUUCACCCUGUUUGUUAUCAUGGUUUCUGCAGUCCGGCAAGCUGGGAAACAAUUUGUGAGGUGUAAACACGUCUGUGCCUUUCUGCUUUGUGCUCAGACAAGCUUGUGAUCUUCCUGUCCUUCUAAGUUUACUUGUCAAAAAAUUUUAAGAGAAUUUUAUUUCAACUUUUUUAAAUCUGAUAUUUCAGAAGAUAACCUACACUCUUAUUUUUUUAACCAGCGGUGUAUUAUGUUAUUUUAUAAAUUUAUAUGUUUGUAACUUGUUUUUAAUUUAAGGAACAAAAUACAAGAAUACAUUAGAAUAUAUUUACUUAAA